UUCUCAGUUGCAGAGGUAGUUUAGGAUAAAAACUUUUCUUCUUAUGGGAUGCAUACCUUUCUGGCUUGCUCUUGUUUUAGGAGUCUUCUGAAAGCUGAGCCCUUUGGCCAGGUGUUAAUUGUUGGUGGCUACAAAACAAAAUUUGGGUCAGCAGAAGCAGCAAAACAGGAAGAGUUAUGGGGGGAAAGAACUCCAAGGAUCAAGGAGAAGAAAGCACAAAGUCACUGAAGAGAAGCCAGAAGCUACCUCUUUGGGAAGAAACUCUUCUUUCUGGAAAAGAUCCAAGAACACUAUUAAAGCGUGGACUCCACUAUGUCAGUUUGAACCUCAUCAUGAAGGGGAUGAUAAAGACACCUGACUUUUUAUGGGGACUACCACAAGUCCAGAAAUUGAACCUUUCACAUAACCAGCUGGUGGCCCUUCCUCCCGCUUUGGGGAAUCUUGACCAGCUGGUGGUACUGAACUUGUGUGGGAACCGCAUAAAGUCCCUGCCAAAAGAGAUUGGACUGCUCAGGAAUUUGAAGGUUUUAUUUGCCAAUAUGAAUUGCUUGACUGAAAUCCCGGUGGAGCUUGGAAAUUGCAAGAAGUUGGAAAUUUUGAGCCUCUCGCACAAUUACAUCUCUUGGCUCCCUUCUAGCAUUGCAGAACUGAUCAACUUAAGGAAGCUGAAUCUGAGCAACAAUUGGUUUGUUUAUAUUCCCCUGAGUGUUUUUGCUUUGAGAAAUUUAGAUUUUUUACAUGUAGGCUGCAACAAACUUGAAAACAUUGGAGAUAGUGUACAGUUUCUAAUCAAAUUGCAGAUCUUGAUUGCUGACUAUAACAACAUUCAUGCCUUGCCAAGGUCUAUCUGCUCAGUCACUACUCUUGAAUUGCUAAAUGUUGAUUACAAUGAUAUUCAAAUACUUCCCUAUGAACUUUAUUUGCUGCAUCGAUUGCCCAGAAUUGCUUGGAAUCCACUGGAUAAGGGACUCCAUAUUUGGCACAAUCCUUUGUCAAAACCAUUGCCACAGAUUAUAGAUGGAGGACUAGAUGCACUCUUCAGAUACCUUAAAGAGAAAAAUCAGCUUGCAUAAAUGUACACUUUGCUUGGAACUGGUAGUAAUGCCUCAAUUGUGCCAUUUACUUUUUCUGAUCAGUGGCUUUCAAUAUGCAAAACAGACACUGGAAUACAAUUAUAAUGGUUUUUUCUGGAAGUAGGUACAUUGAACGUGGAAUGAGUAAUUUUUCCAAAUAAAUGUAUCCUUCGAAUGCUGAAGUAGUAUUCAGAAUAAUCCUCUCCAAUAAUUUAAAUAUUUAUCUAUAUUUAGUUAUCUAAUUAAGCUAAUAACAGCAUUUUAAAUGUUUUCUUUUUUUUUCUGUAAGGUUCACUAAUGUUACUUUAAAGGGGGAUGACAUGGGUUGUGAUGCAGUUGUGACUAUAACACCUAUUAAGUAUGUUGUACACACAACACACAUAUAACUGCUACUGAAACGCCAAAAACUGGGAGCUGUACUGGUACUUUAAGAAGCUUUUAUAUAUUCACCAAAUAAUUGUUGUUGUUGCAUCACCUGUCUUGUGCUUAUUCCAUUAUUUUUCUAGUUCAUUAGAAAACUAGCUUCUAAAAUUAUGAUAGAAGGAAUUAAUGAAG